GAUCGAUUGCGUCUAACCCAUUUCCAAAUUCCCAAGACGAGGACCACAUUCCUAAUUAGACCUCCUUGUUGCAAAGUUUCACGAACCAACCCAACUCAUGCUCAGAGCCCCGUCUAUUUUAAAUUUUGCAACAAAUAACACGCUAAGCACUCCACCCCAGUUGAGCCUCGUCGGAGAGAACGAGAAGCGGAAUUUCCUAUCAUUUCGAGCAUAAAUCUACUUAUUCGUGCCAGAGCCGGCCUCGUCAUUUGUGCAGAAAACGCAAAAAGCUCUACGAAAUAGGAUUUCUCCGAGUUGUCUAACGUCUUUGCCGGCAGCGUCGUCUUAUGGGGCCUAUAGCCUACAGUAGAGAGCAUUUACCGAAGCCUUACACACCGCCGGGGCAAAGUUUCCUUAUUUCGAGCGCGGCAUUAUUUCAAAUGCGAACAACCCGAAAAAGAGUUCCGUUUUGAGCUACGGUGCCGGUGAACCCGGAAGGGAACUCCGGGGCUGGCGGCUUCACAAGCUUUGGAAUUGCACAAGCAGAAGAAGAGGUAGAAGGGUUGAGCCUCAAAGACCAAAGACGUAUAGAGUGUAGGAGCGGCCUCUCUCUUUCUCGCCUGCCUCUGUUGGUAUACGGGUUUUCCAGUUGUGCAUAAAUUGCAACUGUCGACAUCCUGGCGCGAACACGAUCCACACACCAGUAGCUAGGGUUGGGGAGCCCAGUAGCAGCAGUCCUCUGGUGGAUGGUUUGGUAGCAGGUUGGAACCAAGGUUGUACCACCCGGAAAAGUGGAGAUAUACUUUUCUGGAAAGGGCACUUGAAUGUCCCAAAUUUGCUUUCUUUUGUAAAAUUCGGAUUACCGAAUUUUACCUGUACACUGAUACCCCGAUGGUUUGACACCAAUUGUUGUCAAACAAACGGGGUCACUGUUUAGUUCGACACCUUCUUUACACAGAGAUCACACUUACUACCAAACGUUUGGUUUGAUAGUAAGUGUGAAUUCCGUGUAAAAAGUGGCAGUUCUAACGGGUACAAACUAAAAAAGUGUCAAACGAAAAAGUGACCAUCCACCAGGAAGGAGAGAACAGCAAAAACAGAAUGACACAAACGCUUGAUCGUUCGUGUAAACAACUGUGCUCCAAGUUAGCCCUUUCUCACAGUCAUCCAGAGUUUUUUGCGCGAUCAAGUCUGAACCACGUGUACUCCUUUUCAAACAUUAUGAACAUUUUGCAAUUCUGUGAAAUUUGUUUCCGUCGCGCCGAUGCUGUGGGCAUACUGCUCAUCUCGUCCUGCCGGCACAUGUUCUGCCGACGGUGCAGUCCCACGGACCGAACCCGUUGUGCCGUUUGCUCGCUCGAGGCCCGGAUCAUCGAUCUUUGCGAGAAAAUAAUGCCGGACCCGUUGAAGGAAUACUUCGACCUGGACGACGAUCAACUGACCAAAUCCUACAAGGUUGCGCAGUUCCAGAGUGAGAAGAUGGACAAGCUGAUCGCCAGGAAGCUUCCCGUGCUGGCCAAGUACGAGGAGAAGAAGCAAACAAUUCGUAAGCUCAAGGAGCACUCCGACUCGCUGAAGCAGGCGAUUCUGGAGGAAACGACGCUGAUUCGGAAGCUGCAAGAGCGUCGUCCAGCCUCGGUUGCGCAGAGCGUGGCCGCGCUCGAACGGAACAUGCGCAAGCUGGCCGUGAAGCGUUCGCACCGCGGUCCGGGAUCGACGAGCAGCGGCAGCAGCCACCACUCCCGUUCGCGAAAGUCCAACGCAACCGGAUCGAAGCGGGUUCCGGUUACUUCGCCGGAUGACGCGUUGUUCAAGGUGCCAACGUUUUCGCCCAGCUUAGGCCGGGCUGCUACCAGGUCCGCUGAACUGGUGUGCGAGGCGCGGGAGCGGAUGCUUCUGCAGCAGGCCAUGAAAGCCAACCGUGGCCUUUUUUGAGUUUAAUAAACUUUGAACAU